GCGUCUUCCGAAGCCAACGUGCCGCCCCGUCUCUCCCUCCCCAGCUGGACGCUCCACCCGGGGCUCGGCCCGCGCGCCCUCGGGGCAGGGGACAGACAGACUCCUGGAUGGUUCUCCGGCCGGACAGCGGGCGCUGCGGGCUCCGUGUCUCCCCCGCACCCUUGAAUAGGGCGGUCGAGUCACCCAGAGGACCCCGAAUAAAAGUGUGAGAGGAUCGCCGGCCUAGCGCAGCCAUGGUGCAGAAGUACCAGUCCCCCGUGCGGGUGUACAAGCACCCCUUCGAGCUGAUCAUGGCCGCUUAUGAGCGGAGGUUUCCCACCUGCCCCCUGAUCCCCAUGUUUGUGGACAGCGACACCGUGAGCGAGUUCAAGAGCGAGGACGGGGCCAUCCACGUGAUAGAGCGGCGCUGCAAGCUGGACAUCGAUGCCCCGCGGCUGCUGAAGAAGAUUGCCGGAGUUGAUUAUGUUUAUUUUGUCCAAAAAAACUCCCUCAAUGCUCGGGAGCGCACCCUGCACAUUGAGGCCCACAACGAGACCUUCUCCAGCCGGGUCAUCAUCCACGAGCACUGCUGCUACUCCGUUCACCCUGAAAAUGAAGACUGGACCUGUUUUGAACAGUCUGCAAGCUUAGAUAUUAAGUCUUUUUUUGGAUUUGAAAGUACAGUAGAAAAAAUCGCGAUGAAACAGUACACCAGCAACAUCAAAAAGGGCAAGGAGAUCAUUGAAUAUUACCUGCGCCAGCUGGAGGAGGAGGGCGUGACCUUCGUGCCCCGUUGGACCCCGCCUGCCGCCGCGCCCUCUGCGGAGCCGGCCUCCUCCAGCAGCAAGCAGGCCGUGGCCUCGGCCGCAGUCACCCCGGACGCCGCCCAGAAGGAGGGGCUGAGCAGUGAGGCCCUCAGCAGCCCCACUGGGGUGGCCGAGCCCGUGGCGGGGACCCCUGACGACAAACUGGAUGCCGACUACAUCAAGCGCUACCUGGGGGACUUGACGCCGCUGCAGGAGAGCUGCCUGAUCCGCCUUCGCCAGUGGCUCCAGGAAACCCACAAGGGCAAGAUUCCGAAAGAUGAGCAUAUUCUUCGCUUCCUACGUGCCCGGGACUUCAAUAUCGACAAGGCCAGAGAGACCAUGUGCCAGUCCCUGACGUGGCGCAAGCAGCACCAGGUGGACUACAUCCUCGACACCUGGAGCCCCCCUCAGGUGCUGCAGGACUACUACGCUGGAGGCUGGCACCACCAUGACAAAGAUGGGCGGCCCCUCUACGUGCUGCGGCUGGGCCAGAUGGACACCAAAGGCCUGGUGAGGGCCCUCGGGGAGGAGGCCCUGCUGAGAUACGUUCUCUCCAUCAACGAGGAGGGGCUGCGGCGCUGCGAGGAGAACACCAAGGUCUUCGGCCGGCCUAUCAGCUCCUGGACCUGCCUGGUGGACCUGGAGGGCCUGAACAUGCGGCACCUGUGGCGGCCGGGCGUGAGGGCACUGCUGCGCAUCAUCGAGGUGGUGGAGGCCAACUACCCCGAGACGCUGGGCCGCCUGCUGAUCCUGCGCGCGCCCCGCGUGUUCCCCGUGCUCUGGACACUGGUCAGCCCGUUCAUCGAUGACAACACCAGGCGGAAGUUCCUCAUCUAUGCGGGCAACGACUACCAGGGCCCUGGCGGCCUGCUGGACUACAUCGACAGGGAGGUCAUCCCCGACUUCCUCAGCGGGGAGUGCAUGUGCGAAGUGCCGGAGGGCGGCCUGGUGCCCAAGUCCCUGUACAGGACGGCGGAGGAGCUGGAGAGUGAGGACCUGAAGCUGUGGACGGAGACCAUCUACCAGUCGGCCAGCGUGUUCAAGGGGGCCCCGCACGAGAUCCUCAUUCAGAUUGUGGACGCCGCUUCUGUGAUCACUUGGGAUUUCGACGUGUGCAAAGGGGACAUUGUGUUCAACAUCUAUCACUCCAAGCGGUCACCGCAGCUCCCCAAGAAGGACUCGCUGGGGGCUCACAGCAUCACGUCCCCGGGAGGGAACAACGUGCAGCUGAUAGACCGGGCCUGGCAGCUGGGGCGCGACUACAGCAUGGUGGAAUCGCCCCUCAUCUGCAGGGAGGGGGAGAGCGUGCAGGGCUCCCACGUGACCCGGUGGCCGGGCUUCUACAUCCUGCAGUGGCGGUUCCACAGCAUGCCCUCCUGCUCCGCCACCAACCUGCCGCGCGUGGACGACGUGCUGGCCUCGCUGCAGGUCUCGUCCCACAAGUGCAAAGUGAUGUACUACACCGAGGUCAUCGGCUCGGAGGACUUCAGAGGUUCGAUGAGCAGCCUGGAGUCCAGCCACAGCGGGUUCUCCCAGCUGAGCGCCGCCACCACCUCCUCCAGCCAGUCCCACUCCAGCUCCAUGGUGUCCAGAUGGCGACUUUGCUGACAGCUGCCAAGAAAACGCUCCCUCGACAGCCCACACCAGCCAGGGGUGUUUGUGGGGCCGUUUGAGCUGCACUCACCCUCCCCGGGUCUGGAGAGCUGCUCGUUCCCACUUGACUCAGAAGUGCCCGUUCCAUGGGCUCUCAGAGCGGGCCGGGCUCCGGCUCCCAGGCCCAGUCCCUCAGGGCGUGUCCUUGCACUUCCAGGCCCGCACUCUUAAAAGUGCUGCUGGCGUCUCUCUCCACUCGACAUUCUUUGGGUUUCCUCUACGACUAGUGUCUUAACUCACGCUCCUUCCUGGACUUCUUCUUUGCGUAUCAAAUCUUGUAAAUGUUUUGUAAACAUGUUACCUCACUCUUGGUAAUACAAUACUCAGUCUCCAGAAGAGUUUUUUAUUGUUACCAAUAAUAAACUUCGACUGUUUAAAGGAAAGUCCUUUUCUUGCU